ACAGCGACGGUCCGUGUGUGAAAUUUCUUCUGGUGGUUUUUGCGUGUUUUCGCGUGUGCCGUCGAACGGUUCCAGGCCUUUACCGUUGAAAUCUGGGGCCUCAGGGAUUGGCAACGAAGCCAUCCAUUUUUUGAUUCGUUUCAUUCGCAUUUCAACCCUUUUUCAAUCGCAAAGAAAAAUUGUGGAAGAUUUUUCUCUUUUUCUAAUUCGUGUACAAUCAUGGCCAACUAGAAAAAUGUCUGAACGCAAGGUAUUGUUUGCUAGCAGCAGCAGCAGCAGCGCUCCAUUUCGUGGAGGACGUUCUCGUUGUUUGAAACCGGUGCAGUCUCAUCGGCUCCGGAAAUCGGUAGCGGACCAACUCGACUGCACAUACAGUUCUACUUCAGUGUCCUUUUUUAACCUAGCAUUAAGUUAUAAUUACGUUUUCAAUGGAGAAGAGCCAUCGAUUUUCCAAUCAGAAUCUGUCCAAGGGACCGAUUACUGAUCCGAAGAAGAAUCCAGACGCAUCAACUAAGUGGCCUCGCCAUUCUAAACGACGAGAGCAAACCGCAUCGAGUGGUUAUAAACCGGAAAACAAUCGUAACAGCGGAGGAAAACUUUCUACGACUGGCAAAACUCGAAACCAAACCAACUUCAAUUAUGAUAAACGAUCAAGGCAACGCCCAGACUUGUCGGCCGACUCCGGGGCGUUUCAUGAAAAUGAAACUUCUGAACAAUUCGAAGAACAGCAUCAGGGAACCGGACUAGCGGUGACGUAUCAGAGGAGUGCCUCAGCCCCUAUGAAGCAUGAACUCUAUUCGUUGUUCGCGCCUGGUUCAAAGAAACAAAGUUUGAAUCACUUGUUGAACUUCCAUUGCUCGCCGCGAGAUCGCGAUGGGCCUAUGCGUUUUAGCAAAACGGGUAACAAUCGGAGUUACAUCAAGAAGCCAACUUAUAACAAGGAACAGUUCCUUCAGGCUAAUUGUCAGUUUGUCGUUCGUGCUGGUUCGGAUUAUACGGCAUAUAUGGCAUCCCCAGAUCAUUUGGUAGAAUGGGACAAGAUAGAACAGAUCCACAUUUUCAGCUAUGAAGAAUCACAAUGUCCGAUCUGUUUGUACCCUCCGGUAGCAGCUAAAAUGACAAAAUGUGGUCAUGUUUAUUGCUGGCCUUGUAUAUUGCAUUAUUUAGCUCUGUCGGACAAAACUUGGCGCAAGUGUCCCAUCUGUUAUGACGCCAUUCACUUGCCGGAUUUGCGAAGUGCUGUGUCGAAACCGUUUCAUUCGUUUACCGUCGGAGAAACUGUAACAUUUCAACUGAUGCGUCGUGAAAAGAUGUCCUUGAGCGCUACCAGCAUGGCAAAGAUCAGCGAGGAGCCUGGAACAGGAGUACCGCAGUUUCGUUCGAGCGCUGAAAAUACUACCCUUACUAAGCUGCUCCUGGCGGACAGCAAUGAAAUUUUAAACAUUAUAAGUCGAGAGCGGCUUGAACUCGAGAAUCAAAUUGUCGUUGAUGGCAUUGACUGUCCAGAAAACAUCUUUGUGCAGCAGUCUCUACAAGAGUUGAUCAAACGUGAAGAGGCCGUUUUAAACGGAAAAUUUAUUACGAUUCCCGUUGAGUUGCAGCCGGUAAAUGCUUCUCAGCAGCAGACAUGCGAAAAAGAUUCUGACGAGCUGCUUGACGAAGCAAGAGCGGUUUGCAUACUAGAAGAGGAAAAUCAAGCAGAAAGCAAGCGACAAGAUUUCAUGAUUGACGAAGAGAGCAACUUCUUGCUAAGCGAUAUCGACAUUGUCCCGACAGCGAAAUGUGCUUCGUCGAAUUGCUUUUACUUCUAUCAAGCAAUCGAUGGUCAGCCACUAUACUUACAUUCGUUGAACACUCGAAUGUUGCAGACCAUGUACGGAAGCUUGGAUAAAAGUCCACUGAAAAUCACAGGAAGAAUUGUUCAUAAGGACAGCUGCUCGAUGUCGGAGGAUCUUCGGAAACGAUUGAGAUAUUUGCAACAUCUGCCAGUGUGCACAUCUUUCGAGGUUGUUGAAAUUGAGUUCGAGAAGGAAGUGAUAUCCAACGAAGUUUUAGCUCAGUUCAAAGAGGAAAUUAAUGCUCGGCGCAAGAAAAGACAGAAAAUAGCACGCGCGGAACGCGUCCGAGAGAAGCAGAUUUAUGAAUACAACGAGCGCCAGCUGGGGAAAUCUCUUGCUCGGUCUGCCAAAAUACCUAUUGAUUCUAUUAAACAUUUUCCUUCGUGUGGAAGCGUUCAACCAUACGACUUUAGUCAAGAACCAACUCUUUCAGAAAUUUCUCCAUCAAACGAUAUGUCUCCAUCAUCAAGCCAAGCUAGUUCAGGACCGUCCUGGUCCACGAUGCUAUGUACUUCCCCGUCGAGCACUUUUUGGCCUUCACUCUCGGCUGGAACAGCAGGAGGCAGCUCUGUUAAUGCGUUCGCUCCACUGGCUGCUCCAGCACCAAAGCUAAUUCCCGUAACCGGUUCGAAAAUGAUGUCUAACACGCCGGCAAGAUACCGUUCUUCCAGUGAAAAGAACAAUGAAGAUGAAACUGCACAAGAACAUGAAAACCGUGCGUCUUGUUUUGGUGAAGAUUUAAGCAUUGCGAUUGGUGUUGCUCUCGAAAAAGCAACACUCAAUUGCGAGAUUGUCGCCGCCGAAGAAGGCUGCACAGGGAAAGCGAAAGGAUCGGCUGCCCAUGGCGGUGGCAAUGGCGGCGGAGGUGCAAAGAAAAAGAAAAAUAAGAAAACACUUUUGUUUGCUUCCGGAAUGAAUUUAUAUUAACCAUCGUAUGGUGAUGGUGUUCUCGUUAUUUGUUUUGGCAAAAGUCACCAACGUUUGAAAAACAAACUAUUAAAUAAUUUAUCCAGUAAUUCUAGACUUCAGGUUUUUGUUCAAUUUGGAAUGAGUUUCUUUAUACCCCUAAAUAUUUUAUGUAUUGCGAAAACCAGCAGUGUAACCUUAGUAAUCGAUAACAAUGCGUAAAUAAAUUUAACAUGGGCACA